AUGCCCCGCACCUACGGGAAAUCCAAGGGCAAGGCAAAGCAAACGCGGCUUGCCUUCGUGCCAGCAGAAUUCACACUCUCGCAGCAAGAUGAAGACAGCAAUAGCACCACAAGUCGCAAUGCGAAUGUCCGCUACACGGACCCAUCUCUUGGAACCCUGCGCAGCGGGAAGGCAGCGUCGAAACAAGACAAAAGUUCAGGUUCAACGCCUCAGCCGUUUGUGAGAAUUGGGCGGGGGCAUUCGCCGGAAGAGAACUUGCAAUCGGGAGUCGCGGAGAUGGCCUUGUCGUCGCAGAAGAGUGAUCGGAAAGAGGGGAAGAAGAAAAAGAAGAGCUCAUCGCGAAAGUCAUUGAAGAUUGCUGCCGCUCCUGCACCUCUUGCGUCCCCUUCGCCCCCGCCGGCUACCCAAGAUAGCGACAGUGAUAGUGACUUGGAGAUCGUACAUAGCGCGAAGAAGAACACUCGAAGGCAGCCGAGGAAAGCCGAAUAUCCGGAGCCCACCCCGCCUCCUCAGGAUACCGAUAGCGAUAGCGACGUGGAAAUCAUACAUAGCGCGAAGAAGAAUAAAAGGACUCGAAACACGGAACCCAAGGCAGCGGACCCUCCGGAGCCCAUCCCACCUGCUCAAAAUAGCGACAACAAAUUGGACAUUGUGCAUAGCGCCCGGAAAAAUAUGACGACUCGAAGCAUGAAGGAAGAGCAAAUUGCCUCGCCAGACCCUGUCCCAGCUAAUCAAGAUAGCGACAGCGAUUUAGAGAUUCUACACAGUGCGCAGAAGCCUACGCGAAGCAGAGCCAUAAAGCGGAAGAGGGUCGAAUCUUCGGAGCCUGAGGAUGCUCACGUGUCAGAGGAAAGUGACGCUGAGGACGUCGUUGCUCGACCUCGUCGCAAACUUAGGCGGGGCGGCGCUCCCCAGCCGGUUGCCAUCCAUAAUGAUUCCGAAGAAGAGCAGGAGGUCCGUGGCGGUACUUCAAAAUCACCAAGUGUGCCUCAUACCCCGCGCCGUGAUUCGGCUCAAGAUCGGAUUGAUAUUGAGGAGGACCUUGAAGACCUACAAGAUUCAGUCGUGAAAGCGUCGCGUACACGGGGAAAUAUUGCCAACUCGGCCAGGGCCCAGCGACAAUUACACCUGGAAGCCCUGCGGCGUCGAAGGGCCGGUCAAAAGGCAGAAGACGAUGGAGAGCCCCAAUUAUCACCCCAGCCAGAAGAUUCGGAAUCAGAGAACGGCGAAGAUCAAGACGCAGACGAUGGUGAAGAGGAGGUGCCAGUCCCGCAGCCGCAAUUCCGGAACUGGGCGAACGAAAGCGGAGAUAGCGAUGUUGAAUCCACCAUUGGCGCCAACGAAGAUCUAGAUCGCUACGAAGAUGACUUUGUUUUAGAGGACGACGACGAAAAACUUGGAGUUCCCAGCGGGCUGGAGGACAUCCCCAUUGAAUUUUCCCGGCACGCCUACAAGCAGCUGAAGGAUUACUUCCAAGAUGCGGUCGAAUGGAUGGUACACAAUCAACUUAAUCCUGCAUUUCCCCGUUCCGACCCUGUCUUUAUGGUAGCUUUUGACAAGCUAGAAGCUGAAGUUCGUGGACGCACUGGUUCUCAGCUCGUUUCUUCUGUCUGGAACGCCGACUUUCGCAAGGCACUUUUGGCACGGCCGUACAUGGAAAUCACAGCGUAUCCAAUUGACCUCUGUCACCCCUGUGAUGCAUGUAACCGUUCAAAACAUCCCGCUUCUUCAGACAUUAAGCUAUAUGGCAAGGCAUACUCGCUUGAAACACUAGAGCCGCUAGAAGAUGCCGACAGCGACGAAGAACAGUCAAACGACGAGGAGGAAGAAGACGGGCAGGAACGAGACCGUGAUGGCUACGUCUUACCUGAUGAAGACAGGCGUUUCUGCCUCGGAAGACACUGCAAGAAGAACGCAGCCCUCGCCCAUACGCUGACCCACUGGCGUUUCCACCUCAACGAAUGGGUCGUCGAACAUCUCCGUACGACGGGCUACUUUUCAGACAAAAAGAUCCUCAAACGCAGUCAAUACAGCCAAAAGAAAAAGAAUAAACACGCCGCCAAAGCCGUGAACAAGAUGAUCGAGUCCGGCGAGAUCAAGAAGCUCUGGCGCGAUUUCCAUAUCAACCUUAGGACUGCAAGGGAGUCUACGGUCUGA